GAGCCGGUGCUGCCCCGCCCGGAGAUCGCGGGGCGAACGGCGGCGGAGCAGCGGGACGGGAUGGGGCUGGAGCUGUACCUGGAUCUGCUCUCGCAGCCCUGCCGGGCGCUCUACAUCUUCGCCCGCAGCAACAACAUCCCCUUCGAGUUCAAGCAUGUGGAGCUGAUGAAGGGGCAGCACAGGACAGAGGAGUUCCAGAAGGUGAACUCCCUGAUGAAGGUGCCUGCGCUAAAGGAUGGUUCUUUCACCUUAGCAGAGAGCAUUGCAAUCCUCCUGUACCUGGCACGGAAAUUCAAGACUCCGGAUCACUGGUACCCAUCUGACCUGCAGAAGAGGGCCAGGGUUGAUGAGUACCUGUCGUGGCAGCAUGCCAACAUCCGCGGGAAGGGGAGCAAGGUGUUCUUAACUAAGGUGCUGCUGCCUCUGCUCACAGGGCAGCCCCUUCCUCCGGAGAAACUGGAAGGCAUUACUGAAGAGCUGAACGUUGUCCUGAAGCAGUUUGAGGACAAAUUCUUGCAGGACAAGCCCUUCAUUGCAGGCAGCGAGGUCUCCCUGGCAGACCUUGUCGCGCUGGUGGAGCUUAUGCAGCCUGUGGCCGCUGGCUAUGACCUCUUUGAGGACAGGCCGAAGCUGGCAGAGUGGCGCAGGCGGGUGGAAGAAGUGGUGGGGAAGCAGCUCUUCCAGGAAGCCCACGAAGGGAUCUUCAACAUCAAGAACCUGACCGCUGAUAAGAUCGCACCUGAACUGCGGGAGCAUUUCAAGCACCAGCUCCUAAAGCAGGCCAGCUAGAUUUAAUAAGGGGUUAUACUCAAAGUAAAAUGGAUUAUUUUGUGCAAGCUUUUUUUGUAACAUUUCAGCAUUUCUUCUAAAAAUCAUACAGAAACACCAUUCCGCAAAAUGCACUUCAAUGAUAGCCUUUCUGCAACUUAGAAGGGAAGAAAACUACAUCUUAGACUGAGCUGCUUUCCCCUCUUGACCACUACAGGUAUGUGAGCUGCAGCCUCAUAGGCUUUUCUUUCUUGCUCCAACACCACUGGAUCUGCUUGAGGACAGAGGUGAUUCAGUCCACAUGGGAGCUGGGGCCAGGCCAAACUGCUCUUUCCAUCCUUGCUUUGGGUUUUCCAGGUCAUAGCACUACAGAAAUGUUUCCUGAGGGUAUGGUGGAACAGAUCUGUCAAGGAAAAACAAGGAAAAAUCUUUGUUGAAAAUGGCUUUCACUUUGCAACAGGCUCAGCUGGAAGCUUUUCUGUUCUUUUGGUACAGAGAUAGCUCAGGCCCAGCCCGUGGUGGUGACCCUGUGGGGCUCUGGGAGCAGUGGGCAUUAGAGACUGCUGUGUCAGCGAGAGACACAGUGCCCGGGAGCAGGGCGGCUGUGCAGGUGCCCUGGAGAGGAGCCCAGCUGCUGGGGAGGAUGGAGUUAAUCUAUUGACGAAAGGUCCUCAACCAGAGACUCAUGCUAUCCUCCCCAAAGAACACCCUGCACAGCUGCAAAGCUGCUGUUCUCGGUGAAGCUGCUGCCAGCCACGCCGUCCCCAUCUACUGAUGGUACUGUGGUCUGACCUUUCCCCGGUGUCUGUCCUUUCCCCGGAGCAGUUUUGGCCACUCCAUGGAGGCUGUUUAAGCCAGGCUCUCCCCACCGAUGGGUGCGGCUGUGCCUGGGCCAGUGCCGGUGGCACAGGGAGCUGUGCUGGCCAGCCCGGAGUGAGCCGAGUGCACAGAGCUGAGCGGUGCCUCAAACGUGGUUGAUGUUCCGUGUGUUAGUGGUUAUGCUUGCUGUGUGUCGUAGCUCUGUUUGCAUUUGUAAACAGGAUUUGGAACGAAGCGGCCACUGAUUCAUCCUCCACACGUGCACAGCGCCCUUCGCAACCUCUCGUCUGUGUCCCUUUGCACCCCUCCUGCCUUCCUGUCCUCUCCUGCCUCUGUCACCUUCCAUUUCCAGGUAUGAGCCACGAGGAGGGGGCCAGUUUGUAGAACUGUUUUUUCCUUCUUGUCAAGCUGUAGUUGUACCUGGAAGUCCGUUUGUCUCUGCUGGGUGGUGACGCCAGCCACAGAGGUGGCUGCAUAGGGUGCUGGGUGUGAGAUGUCCGUCAUCUUAAUGCACGUCAAGUCAUCACAGUGCUCAGAAAAGGGGAAAGUAGCUGCUCAAGCCAGUCUCACACAUCUUUUCAGCUGGACCUGCUCGUUUCGGGGAAAGAGCCAGCUGCCUCUUCUGCAUUUGUUUCUGGAGUAAACCUGCCCUUUAGGUCACAAGGGGCCUGUGAACAACAGCUUCCAACGCACAUCCCUGGGGGCUGAGCUAAAGCAGCCAAGCAGGCCAGUCCCUUUUACUUCCUGUUCUUCCAACCUGCAGGAAAUCCUAAAUGUCAGCAGCAAAAAGGCAGAUAUGCCCCAAAACUCAGUUUCAAUGCUGAAACAGGCAGAGGAUAUUUGCCUUCUUACUUGGUGUGUUUUAGUGGGACGUUUAUUGAGGAAAGGCUGUUGUGCUCCAGCCAGCAGGGUCUGUGGCAGCAGCUCCCUUCUCGCCCUGGAGCGCUGGCAGGGCUGGUGCCUGAGCAGAACCCCGCAGGUGCUGCUGUUUGCUGUAGGAGUUGCCUGCCAUGCUAAGCCUCAAGGAAACAGCCUGUUUACACCUUACUACCAACCACUUCCUUCCCUCUCUGCCCUGCUCCUUACCACAGCUGCCAGCUGGGCUGCUGCGCGCCGCAGGGCUCCAACAGGUCCUCCCUUUGCUGCCUCGCUGAAGCCACUCAGCCUCACUGCACUCUCUCCUGUCAGCACGUUUGUGUACUGCCUGACUUCCCAAGACCUGAACUCCAACUUCUCCCUUUUUUGUAGAGACAAAGCCUCCUCCUACAAGCACAACAAAUUCCUCACUUGGCUUCUGUUCAAGCAGAGAAACCAUCAAAACCAAGGGCUUAAUCUCUAAAGCGCUAAUCUUGACAGACCUCAGACUGGGGUUGGUAGCAGAGCCCCUCUUGAUACACAUCUCCCUGCAGAAUCUUGAGACAGGGCUGCUGGGCAUGCAAGACCAUUCGUCAGCCAAAGCAAAUAAAGCGUCUCUCUAAUUUUCUUUUCUCACUUACGAUACUUGCAGCACAAGGGCUCCGCGUAAGAGUCUUGAGCCAAUUUUCUGUUUGUUUCAAUAAUUCACGAGUUCCUUCAGCGUCACCCAUUGUGUGCUCUUGCAAAGACAGUGCCUUCAAAAACAAGUUGGAGCUGUGUUCAGAGCACAGCGCCUGGUGCUCCUCCGCUGCCAGUGUUGCAAAGGGAGGAGCACCCCGAUCUGCUGCUGCCCUGCUCCAGCGUGGUUGUGGUGGCAGGAGGAGGUUUUAUAUUGGUUUUCUCAUAGCUUGCUCUGCCUAUUCAGCCUCUCAGAGCUGUGGGUUUGCUGCCAGUGGAGCUGUUUGCAGGGACCAGCGGUGUUUGGGGCCUUUCUCUGCAUAUAGGACAAAGCCCCUCCCUGGAGUAACCCCUUGGAUUAACCCUGGCAACAGAGCUGUGCAACAGAUAAAUCUGCCUUGCUGUUUUUUUCACUCUAAAUCAUGGAGAUAAGGUACCUCGUCCUUGUACUUUGCCUUCUGCUGUCCCUCCACCUCCCCCAUUUGGUUGGUUUGUGUCAUUUGGGCACGGCUGGUCCCGGCUCCGAGGCUGAGCGCCCCAAGACCUGCCUGCCAAAACCCAGCGGUUUGUGCAAGAGUUUUGCCUGCCUCGGUGCAAGGUCUGUUCGGUGUCUGCUCCCCUUUCUCCUGAAUGUGGAGAGGGGUUGCACCGCUAGUGAUGGUGUAAUGUGCUGUUGGGAGUCAAUCUCCUCAAUUCUUGCCAGGGGCUACUUGGAAAUGGGUGAGAGCCUGUGAUUUCUCGAGUGAAGUGAAGCUGGUUUACACAAAAUGGGAGGAAUAUUUAAAAACAGAUGCACAUUUUCUAAAUGAUUAAGAAAUAAAACGCAAAACUUAAUGCAGUUUUAUUGUGGUGUUCCUGUUCCCAAAAAGCUGAUAGAGAAAGUACAGAAAGGAAAAACAGUCUUUGAGGUACUGGAACCAAAUGCAGAUAUAGUCUAGAAGCACUAUCCUAGAGCCAGGAAUAAGGCAAUCAAAUACCAUAUAGCACGAUGGAUAAAAAUCCCUCUUUGGUUGUGUGGGCUGUCAGCAAACUCGAGAAAAACUUAAGGAAGGAACAUUUCCUGGAGGCACAUGAAAAGAUCUUUGAAGCCCAGAUAGGACCAAUGGAUCAAUUGAACCAUAAAUAAAGGAGUACAGUGAACCCACACUGCUGAUCUUGCUACCCACUGCUGAGAUCAACGACCUCUUCUCAGUGAUAUCGCAGAGGAGGGACAUGCAGCCAAUUUGAAGCACAAAGACCUUUCAGACUAUUACCUGUGCAGAGCCACACUGGCACGACUUUUCCCCACUCCCUUAGCAUUUAAGAUUUCUUUGCACUGCAGGAAUUAGACAAGAACUCAAGCACCUGCAACAAUUCUUGGACCCUUCAUGCCUGGCGUGUUGGUGCUGUGUCCAGGUGCUCUGGGGCGCAAACUAUCCUGUGGGGAACUGACGGGUGUUCACAGCCCUGCUCCCUGGUCUGGCCAAGAAACUGGAAAAAUCUUAUUGUACGGUUCUAAAGCUGAACAAUUACUCUGAAAAAUAAGGGCAGGGUGCAGCAGACUCAGUACCUCAUGUUGAGAUGCAGCUUGUUCACCAGGCUCUGGCAGAUGGACCACACUAACAGCAAUUCCCCAUUCCUAAGGAGUUUUCAGAGCAGAUGCUUUGCAAAGUGUAUAAAUGAUGCACCUGAAAGUGUUCCAGUUUGUAAUUUAUCCCACCAAUGAGCUCCUGGCUCAGUCUCCAAACCUUUUCACCACUCUUUGUGUAAUGAUCCUUUGCACA